AUGAAGGUGUUUGAUUUAGUAUAUGCCUGUAUUUUUACAAUACAUGGCGUUUUGCUGACCAAUGUUUUGGCUGAUCCAGCCAUUGCUCCUACAAUCACGCCAGUUUUAGGGCCGGAAGAGUGGCCAGAAGACAAGAUACCAGCUGGAAGGGGUGCAGUUGCUGACAGCUUUCUUUAUUCUAUAGAGACUACUAUCGUAGCUACAAACGCACGAGAUGGUGACCAGUUAUAUAGUCUUGAACAACAAGGGAGCUCCAGAUUCAACGGUUCACUCAUUGCAUCCAUGAUCAAAGGUUCCAUUGAAUUAGCAAAUGAACGUGCUGCUAAGCACAAGGAUCCAAAGGACAGGGACCACCGAGAAAGGGACCCAUAUGCGCCCUUCAACACUAGCUGCCCCGAGCAUCCUUUGGUUCGGAAUAGUGAUGGGUUGAGCGAACAUGAAAAGAAGUACAUAUCCGAAAGACGCAAAAAGACAAACGCAAAUCUUUUAGAAUUUCUCAAGAGAGCAAACCUUGAUGACUUUGAUCCUGAAGAGUUCAUAAACCAGAAUGUAGAUUCUCAUAGCAUUACAAUAGGACUAGCAUUUAGUGGUGGUGGGUUUAGAGCAAUGUUAAGUGGUGCGGGACAAAUGAUGGGUUUGGACGGAAGAUAUGAACCUGCCAAUACUCAAGGCUUGGGUGGUUUACUCCAAAGCACAAGCUACAUUUCUGGAUUAUCUGGGGGGAGUUGGUUGAUUGGUCUGUUGGUUUUGGGCAACUGGAUAGCAGUAUCCGAUAUACUAGACGGGAAAAUACCCAUUUGGAACUUGCGAAAUUCAAUUCUUACUACUGAAGGAAUAAAUACAAUACUUAAUACAGCUCAUUAUCAUAGGAUAAAGACGUCCAUAGAAGCAAAGGCGAAAGCUGGCUUCGUUACAACUAUAACCGACAUUUGGGGACGAGCUAUUGCUCACCAACUUAUACAAGGAGAUAGCAGGGGUGUUACUUGGUCAAGCAUCAGGGAACUAGAAACGUUCAAAAACCAUGAAAUUCCAUUUCCUAUUGUUUUAGCCAAUGGAAGACAUCCAGAAAGUUAUACAAUUAAUGAAAAUUCAACAAUUUUCGAGAUUACUCCAUAUGAGCUAGGAACUUGGGAUCCGUCCCUUCAUGCAUUUACUGACAUUGAGUACCUAGGGUCUUUAUUCGGAGAAGGACAACAAGAAACUAGCAGGAAGUGUAGGAAAAACUUUGAUAAUGCCGGUUUUAUAAUGGGAACUUCAUCUUCACUAUUCAAUCAGAUGAUUCUUUAUGUUGAUGAUUACGAUAUUCCUUCAAUAGCGAAACCCGCCGUUAAAGGAGUUCUCUCAAUAUUGAGUAAUAAAUCAGCGGAUAUUGCUGUAUAUGACCCAAAUCCAUUUUAUGAUUGGGAAGGAGCAGGCGAAAUUACUAUGGCUAAGCAUGAAAGCCUAUACUUAGUUGAUGGGGGAGAAGAUGGACAGAACGUUCCAAUUUACCCUUUGAUCCAACCUUCUAGAAAAGUUGAUGUUAUAUUCACAUUUGAUAAUUCAGCAGAUACAAAACAAUCAUGGCCUAAUGGAUUUUCUCUAGUCGCAACAUAUCUUCGACAAUUUUCCAAACAGGGGAAAGGAAAACCAUUUCCUUUUGUUCCACAUACUAGCACUUUUGAAAAUGACAAUCUAACCGAGAAACCAAUAUUCUUUGGAUGUUAUGCAGAGGAGCUAUCCCCAUUGGUAUAUUGGCAUGACAGGCCAGUACUCAAAGAGACAGAUAUCCCAUUAGUGAUUGCAAUAUUUAACAGAGCGGUGUCCUACGAGUCUAAUUUAUCUACCAUCAAGCUACAAUACGCAGACCAAGAGAAGGAAGGAGUAAUUAUGAAUGGGUUUGAUAUAGUCACUAGAAACAAACUUUCUGAAGAUGAAGAAUGGACUGCUUGUGUGGGGUGUGCAAUCAUAAGGAGACAACAAGAACGGUUAGGACAUGAACAAUCUAAUCAAUGUAAGGAAUGUUUCGACAGGUAUUGUUGGAAAGGAGGGAUGAAGGAUGCUGCAAAUGCUCCUGAGGUUCAUUUGGAAGAAAUGUCUUCCCGUGCUGAAGAACCUUCCGAAUCAGGAAAUGCAUCUGAAGAAAAAUCCCAACCUACUAAAGAGAGUUUUGGAACUAGAUUUCAACUCAGCUUAUUCCAUGUUGCAAUCUUGAUCUGUAUUUCGCUAUACUUCACAAAAAUGAUUUAA